AAUUCAAGCGCUCAUUGUGCUGAGAGCAGCUUUCGCGUGAACAACGUUUCAACGGAGCGCAGCGUUCGCAAGAAAUUCAAUAAAAAGAAAUUCUACAAUAAAACGAAGAGGAAGAGACACGCAGGAGCGUUUUCUAACUGUUUCUGUCGGGAUCGACUUUCGUGCAUCUGUGUGCGCGCGUGUGUGUGUGUGUGCGAGUGUGAGUGAGCAGCACGCUAUGAAUCCAAUUGACCGCAUUGCGUUUCCAUAUCCGUUUCCGGUUGCAUUCGCUAUAAUCGAUACCUCUGCCUUGGAUGUGCGACAUUAGUGACUGUGAUUGUGACUGCACUGUGCUCCACUUGCUGGAACCGUUAUACCCAAAACGAAAUUAAUCAAAAUCAAAAUAUAUAUAAUAACAAUAAAUAAUAAAGAGAAUUGGAAAGAGCGAUUCUUAGACAUGUUGAUUGAGCCGACUUUAAACCGUGACCUUGGCUCGCUUACUGUCGCUAAUUCUGGCCUCUCGGCCGCGCACUGGAAAAUGGAGCCCCAUCCCCAACGCAUCACAUCGCUGGCCCCUCACGCUUCCAGUGUAGCGGCGGCAUCCGUGGCAGCAGCAGCAGCAGCAGCGGCGGCGGCGGCAGCAGCGGCGGCCGGAGCGGGAUCGGGAGCGGUAUCCGGUGGCGGAGGGGCCACAUCCACAUCACCCACAUCUGUGCAAAUACCACCCGGCUUUGGCGGCGGCGGCUCCACUGGCGGCAUUCCGCCGGGCGCAGGUGGAGCCACUGGGAGCACACUGAACACCCUGAUGUCGCAGCAUCGCCUCCUGGAAUUCUCACGUUUCGGUGGACUGCGCGGCUAUGAUAUCGCCCAGCACAUGCUAACACAGCAGGGAGCUGUCUCCAAGUUGCUAGGCUCGCUGCGACCACCGGGCUUAAUUGGUGGCUCAAAGCCCAAGGUGGCCACGCCGACGGUCGUCUCCAAGAUCGAGCAGUACAAGCGCGAGAAUCCGACGAUCUUCGCCUGGGAGAUACGCGAACGCCUGAUCUCAGAGGGUGUCUGCACCAAUGCCACCGCUCCCUCGGUGAGCAGCAUCAAUCGCAUCCUGCGCAAUCGAGCCGCCGAGCGGGUGGCCACCGAGUUUGCUCGCACCGCCGCCUACGGCCUGUACCCGCCACCCCCGCAUCCCUACGGUAGCUUCACCUGGCAUCCGGCCGGCAAUGUGCCCGGCGGCCAGGGGGUGCCGCCACCGCCGCCUCCAUCCGCCCUGUGGUCCGUCGCCGCUCCCACGCUCGCGAAUCUGCCACCAAGCGCGGCGAGCGCUGUGCCCGUCUCCACUUGCGGCUCCCUCAGUUCGGCGCACUUGAUGGGUGGCGGAGCAGGUGGCACUCCCACCAAUCGGGCCAUCUCGCCCGGCUCUGGCAGCCAUGAUACCUUGGAGUCUGCGGACGAGAACCGGCACAUAGACUCCGACUACCUGGAUGACGAUGACGAGCCCAAGUUCAGGCGGAACAGGACCACCUUCAGUCCGGAGCAGUUGGAGGAGCUGGAGAAGGAGUUCGACAAGAGCCACUAUCCUUGUGUGAGCACCAGGGAGCGGCUGUCCAGUCGCACCAGCUUGAGCGAGGCUAGAGUGCAGGUGUGGUUCUCCAAUCGGCGGGCUAAAUGGCGUCGCCACCAGCGCAUGAAUCUCCUGAAGCGUCAGCGCUCCAGUCCCGCCAAUCCGCUGCACUCGCAGCAGUCGAACGACGCGCCGGCCAGUUCGCCCACGCCCAGUAACCACAGCAGUGCCUCCACCUCCGCUCCAGUGGCUUCCGUGCCGCCUCCUCAGCAGCCCCAGUUGCCGCUGUGCGGUGAUCACUCGCCACAGGCUCCGCCGCCUUCGGUGCUGUUGCAUCCACUGCAUGGUCCUCCGGGGGGCCACCAUCACCAUCAUCCUCUGCACCUGCCCACGCAUCCAGCUGCCCUCCAACUACUCAGCCACUACCACCAGCAGCAGCAGCAGCAACAGCAGCAGCAUCAGCAGCAGCAACAUCAUCAGCAACAGCAACUCUCACCCACUGGUUGCAAUCCUGCGGCGAGUCACCUGUCCAUGGGCGGGGAGCGGAGUGCCUUCAGGAGUCUGGUGAGCUCACCCUCGGCGGCCGCCUUCCUGGGAUUGGCCAGGCAAUAUGCCGUGGCAGCCUCACUCACGGUGGCCGAGGAGCAGCGCUCCAGAUUGCACUACUCCACGGGUGGCUUGGGCAGCGGUGGUGAGAGCACAGGACCCACCACCAACACCAGCGGCACCACUCAAUCUGGUGGCUCAACCAUGACGGUGGACAACUCGUCAUCGGACUCGGAUGAGGAGAUCAACGUGCACGACGAUUCGGAUGGUGAAAUUGAGUCGUCGGCGGCGACGGCGGCAAAGGUGGCCCGCCUGUCAUCCUCCGAUGCGCCGGCCACGCUGCAGUUCCUAAAGCAUGACCGCUAGAUGGGCCACAUGGGCCAAGUGGUUUAGAUGGCCCACAUGGUCUAGAUGGGCGGCGGCAAAGUCUAAUUGAAAACCUGAGUUGUGCGCGCCUCUGUGAUUGACAGUGACAACAAAAACAGCAACAGCAACAGCAAAAGCAACUACUGAUGCAACUGCAAUUGCAUUUGAAAUUGCAGCUUGGUGGACUGAAACACGAGAAGCGACUACACACACAGUGGGCAAACAAAUCGAAAAACCAAAGUUAAAAUGCUGCUCACCUACUUGGCUGCGGUUCGGGGUCGCUAGAAAAAAAAAAAAAA